AUGGAAGAAGAGCACAGCUAUGCCAAUGACCCCGAGUGGGCGUCUGUCACUCCGAUUCCCCUGGACGAUGGCUCGGACUCUGGCGCUAUGCCGCUGGCCACGAUCGCCUACCCGCCCGAGUAUCUCGAGGCAACCUCGUAUCUGCGAGCUGUGAUGGCCGCGAAUGAGAUGUCGGAGCGGGCGCUGAAGCUGACUGAGGAUGUGAUCUCGAUGAACCCGGCGCAUUAUACUGUAUGGAUCUACCGUGCAAAGAUCCUCUUCGCCCUGGACAAGGAUCUAAUCGACGAGCUAAACUGGUUGAACGGAGUAUCUUUGAAAUACCUGAAAAACUACCAGAUCUGGCACCACCGCCAAGUCCUAAUGUCUUCCCGAACACACUUCCCCACGCUCCCACCCAAAGAACUAGACUUCCUAAUGGAGAUGUUCGCCCAAGACUCUAAGAACUACCACGUCUGGACCUACCGACACUGGCUCGUGCGCCACUUCCAACUCUGGGACCUACCCCAAGAACUCGACGACACCCACACACUCCUCAAAGCCGACGUGCGCAACAACUCCGCCUGGAACCACCGGUACAUGCUCCGCUUCGGGCCCCGCGACGCCGCCGAGCCCGACGCGGGACUCGCCAAUGCCGGCGACAUGACGACCUCGACAGCCGACAAGGGGCGGCUGCCUGUUGUUGAUGAGGAGCUUGUUGAUGCGGAGCUGAAGUAUGCGCAGGAGCAGAUUCUGCGCGCGCCGGAGAAUCGGAGUCCGUGGUGGUAUGCACGUGGGGUGUUGCAUGCUGCUGCGAGGGAUUUGGAGGAGUGGGAGGGGUUUGUGGGAAUGUUUGUGGGUGAUGAUGGGGCUGUUAAGAGCUCGCAUGCCGUUGAGUGGUUGGCGGAUGUUUAUGCGAAGAGUGCCGGUGGGGAGAGGCGGCCGCGGGCUGUUGAUAUGUUUACUCUUCUCAAGGAGAAGUAUGAUCCUAUUCGGAAGAACUAUUGGGAUUAUCGGAUUCGCAUGCUCGAUCAGGUGGCAGUAUGA